CAAAUAUUUAAUUUUUGUUCAUUAUAUCUUGACGUGGUUAGGCCCACAAAGGUCAUAGCCUACUAUGAACAAUCCAAGCCCAUCACUUAGAGCCCAACACAUAACCCAACUGAUGAGAUCCUGAACAGCUGGAAGCCAACAUGGCACGAAGAACCAAGGAUAUUCAGACAUGUAGCAGGCAAAGGACAAGCCACAUCAACAGAGAAAGAUCUGCAAAGUUAUUGUCACUGUACAUCGCCAUUAAUGCAGUCCAUCACAGCAUUUAUUACGACAAUACCUCUCCGUCGGAACAGUACCCCCUCACCCUGAACAAGGUAAGUUAUAGCAUAGACUUUCGGCCAAGGUGGCAGGUUGGAAGGGAUGGCGAAAUGGUUACCAAAGGAUAUAAGCAGACGUUGAAGAUAAGAAGAAGGUUCUCAGGUGGGCUUGGCCAUUUAGAUAUCGGUUGGAGAAGCGUGAACCAGUCUGACCCAUUCCCUCUGAAACCCGUUGUAUCGUAACUGUAUUAUCAUAUCUUAAGUUUAAAGUUUGAGUGGUGUUUUUUUCCCUAUUCGGUGUGUUUAUUUUAAAUAAAAAUAAAAUACAUAUGUAUGUUCAUUGGUGUAUAUAAAUAAUAUAAAAUAUAUUUGUGGUUAAGUUGGCACAAAUAUUUAAUUUUUGUUCA